UCCAUUGAAAGCUUCUCAUAUAGUUGGUUAGUGAACCUAAAACCAUCUUUCGAAAGCCUAGACGAUGCAUCCGAUGAAGCCUCUUCCUUCAUCGACAUGGACCCAAAAUUGACAGCCUCAAAGAGAUUCUUCAGAGCAUCCCAAGACAUCAACUUUGAUUUUCCUAUCUCAGAGUCUCCUCUAACUCUUGUUCAUGCCGAUGAGCUCAUCUCCAACGGCUUCGUCAUGCCUCUUUUUGUUAAGCCAUUGAAGAUGGAAGCUUACUCCAAUCCAACGACACCGAUCUCUUCUUCACAUGUCCAGAAGAACAAUGUCCUUUCAGCUAGUAAGAUUCGGUGUUCAUCAUUAAGAAGGUGUCGGAGAUUAUCAAACCGAAUUUUUCAGAAAUACUUGGAAUUUAUUAGGCCAUUGUGUCAAAAACUACGAGGACAAAGAUCUGGGUCUAGAGCUGGAGCUGCUGAAUCAAGAAUGCAAAACUGGAUAUAUCCUUCGCCUGCAGCAUCUCCGCGGAGUAGUGUAGCUUACUCUGUUGAUAAUUGGCGAAAGUCGUGUGAUUCUGAGAGCUCGAUAUAUGAGGCAGUUCUGCAUUGUAAAAGAUCAAUUGGUAAAUAGAUAUUGAGGAGACUAUAUUGUUGCAUAGAACAGAACAAAGAAAGGGAAGAAAGAGAUGAGAGGUGCCAAGAUGAUCACGAGUCACUUACUUCUCUCUCCCUGGAUGGAUAAUAAUGUUGUAGGUUUUGUCCUUGUAGGGAAGUAGAGGUUGUAUAGUUGGCCAUUGAAAUUCUGGUAUUUGGGAAAGAGGGAGAAAGAUAAAUUUGUAAUUCCAUGUUUGCCUUUUCCCUAUUGACCAGUAAGGAAUCUCCCCCUUCUGAAGUUUUCAUUCAAUGAAAUGAGAAUUAGUUUAUUCAUGUUUGUUUUCA